AUGCUAGGAAACACAAAGAAAAUACAAACAACCUUAGGUGUGUUACAAUAUAUAGGAACAACAAUCCUGGAGGUCAAUUUCUCCAAUGACUCUGAUAUUUUUAAGAGUCUUCACAAUACUCUAGAAGGGACAGAACAUUAUUUAACAGAAUACUGCCGGUCUUAUGAUUCUGACGAUCCAAUUCUAUGUAACACAGUUGGCAAAUUAAAACCAUCUGAUGUCUAUAAUAUACAGUAUCUAAAAGUACCGGUUUUUGAAAACCAGUUCUCUGUUAUAAUAGCAUCGACCAUUAAAGAUACAAGUCAGAUGAAGCUCAUGGAUAUUACAAACUAUUUGGAGUAUAAAGCUGCCGUGGAAUCGUGCCAUUUCCUUCUUAUGGACAUGAUUGAGUGUGGAUUAGCCACUAAAGACUCUACAAGACUUUCUUUAAUUGAAAGCUACCAUCAAGCCAAGCUUGUAUACUUACGUUCCGUAAAUAAUAGGAUGUACAAUAAAACCAUUCUCAAUUCCCUUUGCCAUGAUUUAUCUGGAACAGAAGAUUUCUCCUCGUACAUUUCCCAUGUUGUCUUUGUCAGUAACGAUAUCCGAAGUCAAGUAUAUUACUAUCAACAUAAUUUAGUAACAGCUCUAAAUAACCAGAAAGCCUUUCAUGUAACUAGGAUCGUCUGUAUCUGUAUCCUGUCCUUUUUCGUCUUUGUGAUGCUCUUUGUGGUGGUACAGACCAUUAGAACAUUCAAUGCAGGCAUUUUUAGCAUUGCAGAGGAACUAUCUGAAAAGACAAUCCUCUUAGAAAAGGAAAAACAAAUAACAGAGGAGAUUCUAUUUCAAAUGAUCCCAAGGUCAGUUGUCAGUCACCUUAAGACAAAAAAGGGGGUUUGUGCCGAGAUGUUCGAAUCUGUAACUGUUUACUUUAGUGAUGUAGUGGGUUUUACUGCCAUAUCAGCCAAAAUAAGUCCAAUGCAGGUCGUGGAAUUACUGAAUACUAUUUACUCCAUCUUUGAUGUGAGAAUAGAAACAUAUGACGUCUACAAGGUCGAAACUAUAGGUGAUGCUUAUAUGGUAGCUAGCGGGGUGCCCAACAGAAACGGUGAAAAGCAUGCGGAGGAAAUAGCAACUAUGGCCAUAGAUUUGCUAGCCGCAAUUAAACAAGUUUUCAUUCCAAAAACAGUCGGAAAAGAUCACAUCCGAAUACGGAUAGGAAUUCAUACAGGUCCCUGUGUGGCUGGAGUAGUUGGGAUCAAAAUGCCGCGAUAUUGUCUCUUUGGUGACACCAUUAAUACCGCUUCCAGAAUGGAGUCCACUGGAUUACCAAUGAAAAUCCACUGCAGUGAAGCCACCUAUGACAUUUUAUUUAAUUCCGGACAAUUUACAUUAGUAGAAAGAGGAGAGGUGGAAAUCAAGGGAAAGGGAAUGAUGACGACAUACUGGCUGAAAGGCCGAGAAGACAUGGAUGAAGUGAACGAUAGCAUGGUCUGUAAGUUCGUACCCCGAAAGAAGAAAAUGGGGAAUCUAAUUUCCGAUUCUAGAAGCACCCUAGAGUCAAGAACACAUUCAUCUAUUACUGACAAUGCUAUUUCAUCAGAUUUCAAAACAUAG